AUGUGUCCAAUAUCAAGUAACUAUCUUUGUUCACUCCAACUAAAUCACCAGGCUUUAGUUUAUCAGGAUCAACAAGACCGACCACAGGGCCCUGUGGUCGGUCUUGUUGAUCCUGAUAAACUAAAGCCUGGUGAUUUAGUUGGAGUGAACAAAGAUAGUUACUUGAUAUUGGACACAUUGCCUUCUGAGUAUGAUUCUCGAGUUAAGGCAAUGGAGGUUGAUGAAAAACCAACUGAAGACUAUAAUGACAUUGGAGGGCUGGAGAAACAG